AAGGAGCAGUACGCCAGUCCGUACGUGUACGCCGGGAACUCUCCUGUUUCGCUCGUUGAUCCGGAUGGCGAAUUUGCCUUCGCAUUGGCUAUAUUCGUCAUGGCUAUAGUUGGAGCAUAUAUCGGAGCGUCUGCGGCCAAUAAUUCCUGGAAUCCUUUAAAAUGGGAUUGGAAAUCGUCGUCGACUUGGUUGGGAAUGCUUACUGGAGCCAUUACUGGAGCAUCUAUACCGUUCAAUCUGGCUAGUUCCGUUGCAUUCUUCGUCGGGUUGGGGUUGUCAUUGGGUGCGUCGAUUGGGAUCAUGAUCGGAGCAGGUAUCACCUUCGCCUACUUCACAAUUGCAGCGUCUAGUGGCACAUGGGAUCCUACUCAGUUUGAUUUUACAAGUCCUAGCACCUGGAAUGCACUGAUGAACGGUGUAGCAACUUCGUCCUGGAUUCUAAUGAAUCCUUCAUCGUUGAUCACCUCUUUCGCAUCACUAACGACAGUGGUAGCUAAGGCAAUAUUUUUCGUCUCCAAGUUGGUACUGAGUCUUGGCUUCACAUACCUUUUUGCCGCCAUGAGUCAGGGCGGUGAGUUUGACGUCACCAAAUGGGACUUCUCCGAUCCACAGCUGUACAUGAGCAUUGUGGAUGGGUUUACUACAGCCACCGUUGGUGUGCUGUUUGUUCGUAACCUACCCAAGCAGAUUAGCAAAUGGGGCGGUAAAAUUAAACGCUCAUUCGACUUAAUUGCUACAAAUGCGGCCGCUUUCCGAACUCAGUUGUUACUCGGACAGGAUUGGGCUUCCAAGAUUGUAGCCACGAAAAAUUUUCUCGCCGUAAACUUCCGCAACACACGAUCACUACAGAAAGGAUUUCUAACUGUGGGUUUCUACGCGCUGAUCGUAGGGCUACGAUUUUCUGGAGUUUCGACUAGUGUCAUUCCUGCGUACAGUGCAGUAGAAUCGACCAUCAAUGUUGUUUUCACAGCGGAACAAUUUUCCGAUGCUAUAGUAAAACCAUUUCCUAAAGAGACGGCCAAAAUACUAAUGCCCAAAAGGCCGGCGAUAGGGCGUAUUGCAAGUUUUCGCUUCAGAUCGACGGAUAUCUCUUUUGACGAAGCUAUCACA